AUGCCGCAGAUGAAACAUAUACUACUGGUAUGCUGGAUACUUUUAGGCUUCAAUAUCGGUAUUUCACAGGCCGUGGCUAAGCCGUCCACUGGUGAAGAUGAUUUGCAUUCACGAGUGCCUCCCCCAUUGACCGCAACAGAUUUUGACAAGGUUUUGGAAGAAGGGUUCCACGUGGUUGAAUUCUUUUCACCUUAUUGUCCACACUGUACACAGCUGUUCCCAACUUGGGUUGAGUUCUACGAAUACAACCAAAAUAUGAACGGAAAGAACAGUAAAGACAAAAGUAAUUCGUUUCAAAUUCACCAGGUUGACUGCGUAGCCAGCGGAGACUUGUGUGAACGUGAGGGAAUUCAAUUCUACCCUAUGAUCAGAUUUUACGGUGCCGGUUCAAAGCUGUUGGGUUCCAUGACCACCAAUCCAAAAGACCUUGACACGAUGAACGAGUUUGCCAACGAGCAAAUUAUUGUUUGGUCCGAAAGCGAGGAUGAUGAUGACAUGGAUGCCUCAGCUCUUAUUCCAGGAACGCCUCUUUAUAAUCAGAAUAAAAUGAUUAAGGCAGGAGAGUUGCUCAAGAUCAUUGAAGGGGAAAAUACAGUGCCUAAAUUGAUUUCGUUUUGGCCCACCAGUGAAAGUGAACUGAAUAACCAGAAUUUUCAAAAUGAUUAUAACCAAAACAAGAUUUUCUCGUACUAUCCCAAUUUACAUCCAUUCCGAAACUUAUGGAACCUAUCAAUGAAAAAGUUGAAAAAUUUCAUCAACGAAGAUAAACUUGAAUUCAAUUUUUUCAACUGUAAAUCUAACCCUGAGAUUUGCGAGACUUUAGGUUUCAAAUCGUUGACUGAAAGCAGAAUCAGUCCUAAUUUAUCGCCCCAAGUUAUUUUAUACUUACCAAAGACUACAGGUGGCAACGCGAUUUCCUACAAGCUAAAGAUUAACGAAUUCCACAAUUUGAAUACAGCAGUCAAGUCAUUGACACAUUGGACACAAAGAACAUUGAUCAACUCUGAACUUGAAGAUAUGAAGUUUCAAGAUAUACAAGACUUUAUAGGAUCCUCUACAAAGCUAAGCAGAAAGGGUUCAAUUGGUGAAAUAACCGAUUACUCCAAAGUGGCUUUCGUUCAAGUCAAUGAUCCCGAAUCUGAAGUUCCGGAAGAUGAUGCUAUACUUAGUCGUCUAAUUCAACCUAUUGCCGAUCUUAAGUCCGAUGUAUACUUGUUCAGAACCACGGACAAGGAUGCUGUAAUGAAGUUUUUGAGAGAUCAGGAAGAACAAAUGGCCAACAAAUAUAUUCAUUUAGGUGUACAGGAUACUGCGAUGAAUUUCGAUGAGAAGAUGUUUUUAUCCAGAACUCACACUACAUUUCCCAUGAUGAUUUGUAUCAAAUCAGGAUCAUUGUAUUCUCCUGUCUUCACAAGUUUCAUGUCGAAACACAUCAGAGACUACAAUAAGGUCUUGACUUUCAUAAAGAGAAACUACAUGCCUACAAUCAAUCAUUUGACUAUCGACUCCAAGGAUCAAAUAUUUCCUCCAACCCUCAAUGAAAGAAUAAACUCCAGAACUGAAAAAGUUCUAAUCACUCUUACUGACUUUCAGCCGAAGCAAUAUUUUGAUGUAGAAUUUUUUAUGUCAUUUGUCUUCCACAAAUUCACUUUCUUAAAUAAUAGAGACAAAUUCAACAGAAUAGACGAAAAGAGAUCGAUGAAGUAUGACAAAGUUGGCGAACUGAGAGCAAACAAAGCCGACUCAGAUGAUAUCAUUGAUGCCUUGAGAGAAAAGGUUGAUAUCUCUUACACAACAACAGAUAACCAGCUUUAUCCAGUAUACCUCGACACCAAGAAGCUGCCUGAGAUUAUAUCCGCUAUGAAAUGGUCCAAACUUGAUUCUUCUCGUUACACCACUGGAGAUGUGAUUCUUAUCGAUAGAUUCAAUGGCCGGUAUUGGGACGAGGAUGAUUCAGGACACAAAUUGACCAUAGAAGAUCCACAACAGACAGUAGGCCUACUUGAAAAAGUCAGCUACAAGAAACUCAAGGGAAAGAGCUUGAAACAUCUAUCCCUUUUUGCCAAAGUUCCACUUUAUUCCUUUAUUGCUAUUCUCAUCUUCAUGACAUAUCGUGCAGUUAGAGUGUAUUUACAGAAGAGGACAGUUUACAUAGAAAAGAUGAAGGGAUUGGGUAUAUUAGGCGUAUGUCCGGAAUUGGAGGAAUCCAAGUUUGACUAA